UGAAUUACCAUAUUCGAGGUAAGAAUACCGCAUCUUCGCAAAUAGAACCGGCCCCUGCGUCGAAGUGGCUGGAGCGGAUUCCGCGGGCCGACACCGAAAGAGCGAUAGUGAAGUGCGUUCGAAGCACUGAUAGCGGUGCGCUGAGGUGCGCGACGUGCAGCGCCGCUCUACGGGGAUGGCUCACGCGAUAGAUGGGGUCCGGCCUCCACAGAAGACUAUAGGACGUUGGAGAAAUGCCACGAAGGAGAGGGGCGAAGGCAACUUCGCUAUGCUUCGCUCGUCUGGAAACAAUAAAAAACGUCAAAAAACAAAUAUUUUUUUGUAUAACUUAAAUGAAAUUCUAAGGAGACAAAAGUCUAGAGAAUGAAAGCAGAUAGUACUGAGAAUUCGUCUGAUAAGGAAUGUCAGGGAAAGGUAGACGAAGAGGAUGCAGAGUCUCGUUUUUCUGUUGGAGCAGAUGACACAAGAAAUGGUAGUGGCAAAGCACCUGAUUUAAACAAGUCUGUGGAGACUGAGGCUCGGUUUAGGAAAGUGCUACCUCGAAUAACGCUGAAGAAACGGAGGGCCAUCCAUAUACAGACAAAAAAUCAAGGGCAGUCAAAACCUGUUUUUGUCUGGCCGUUUGAGCCGUCAAACUCUUUUGGGGUGGGAAAGCUGACUAACAUGGUUAAGACUUGGACUGCCUCUGAAAAUGAUGAGAAGUUGAAUAAUGUACCUCAGUCUAACCCGUGCCAACCUGGCGAAGAAAAUACGUUGAUUCAAAUUUUUCAACAAGAUGACCAUGCCGAAUUGGAAAAAAACCUCGAACAAGAUAUCUCUCGUGGUAAUUCGGAUGUGCUGAUUUACCCGGUGCACAAACCUAUAAGAGCCAAAGAUUUGAUAAUUCAGAAGGAAUCAAUAUCGAAGAGGCGGAUAUCAAUAUCUGAUCCGUCUAUAAGGGUUUCGAAAAACUCUUUUGAGUCCCUUCCAACCUACACACGAUCCGAUUAUAGAGCCAAUCAUCCGCUGAAGGUACGCACUUCCACCAAUUCUCUCAGAGACAGGUUUCAGUCGUUUUUCGUCCGAAAGGGCUCCCCAGACAGAAAAAAUGAGCUGUUUCAGAGCUUGAACGAAGACAGCUACAAGAGCGGCUUGAAUAACGCGCUGCAAACAGAUAAGGAUAGCAUUGGAACCAUAGAGGUGGGGCCAAUGGCUUGCGGGUCUUCGAGCAGUAUGUUGAAGUUGUCGAGCGAAAGCAUCGAUCGAACGGAUUGGCUCGCUCAGUGCAUACGCAAUUGUGCAAAUAUCGCGAUAGUGCGCGAGCGGUGCUAUCCUCUGUUUCGAGCAACGAGUUUUGCCAAUAUGUUCAACAGCGGCGUCGAUAGAGUGGUGAUAAACACGAGCGAAAUCAUUCAGCUCGUUAUGCAAUAUUUUGACUACGAAGGAUUGCAUGAUGUACUGGAAACGUUAGAGUUUGAAUCGAAGAUCACUUUCGACACUAAAGUAACACUACACGAACUGCAAGAUGCCAGACUCGUGACGUUGCUGAUGAUUGUGCUGAAGAAUACAGACGACUUGUGGAGCACAGCCAUAUGUUACAAAAACUUCGAGACUUUGAAUACAGAGCGGCAGGGAAGCGGCACCCUGAUUGCCUCUCACAGAACGACGACAAGACUCAAUUCUAUACUCAGUUCCUUCAAGCUGAUAGCAAUCGAACCCUCACCGAGGCACCUCGACAUUGCGUCAGACGACGUCAAUAUAUGGGAGGAGCCGAUGGACGGAAAUCUAAUUUUGGACCAAAAUACUGGACAGAUCGUCGCCGGUACGCUGAACAAGCUGAUCCAACUGCUAACGCCAAGGCUGGACGUUGAUUUUUAUUACACCGAUGCAUUUCUGACGACAUACCAACUCUUCUGCACCUCCAAUAUGUUGUUUCGGAAAUUGGUACAGCGCUAUAACGUACCAUACAUGGCGGGCAUUCCACAGCAUCGAUACAAGAGCUUCUGCAUGCCGUUCCAAGUGAGGGUGAUCAACAUUUUAAAAAAGUGGAUUGAGGAGUUUUAUACGGAUUUUGACCACAAUCUUUUGAACGACUUUCACGAAUUUUGCAUAACCUGUAUCAAGCCUUCUUAUCCGAAAUACGCCUAUUUAUUGUUAAAACUGAUAGAAGAGCGCAGUUCCAAGGUAUCCUCACGCUCCUUCAGCACCGUCUUCACCUACUCCGAAGAGCCGCCUCGGCCCAUCCUUCCCAAAAACAUUUUCUGGCCGAAUUUGACCAUCGACGACAUCGACGAAGAGGAGAUCGCUCGGCAACUCACUCUGAUCGAAUUCGAGGGGUUUUACAAAAUUCAGGGGUCAGAGCUGUUGCACCAGUCGUGGAACAAACCUAAGCUGAAGCAUCGAGCGCCUCACGUCUUGGAGGUAAUCGAGCGCUUCAACUCCAUCUCCGAGUGGGUCGCGACCAAAAUGCUCCUGGUGAAGAAACUAAAAGACCGCGUGAAGACGCUGUCCAGGCUGAUCAACAUUGCCGACCACCUGAAAAAAAUGAGAAAUUACAGCACUUUGAUGGCAUAUUUGGCGGCAUUUCGUAGCACGCCGAUCGAAAGGCUCAAACGCACGUUUGACGAGCUGCAGCCAAAAACUAAAGAAACGCUCGCCAACCUACUAGAAUUCAUGAAUGUAAAUGAUCAAUACUCCACCUACUUGCGCGAAUUAGAAAACCCGAAGCUACCCUGCAUCCCAUUUCUGGGCCUCUACCUGACAGAACUCACAUAUGCGGAAGAGUCCGCGGAGUCGAGCAAGCAGGGACUGAUUAAUUUCAGCAAGUGCAGAACAAUUUACAAAAUCAUAGCCCAGAUUCGAACUUUUCAACAAACUGGGUACAACUUCUUGCACAUUUAUCAAGUGCAAAAAACCUUCAAUCAAUUUCAACCCCGCUAUUCAGAAAAGGAGAUGUACAACAUGUCGUGGCUCAUCGAAUCGCGGUUAUGA